AUGGGCACAUCCUUGCAUAGAUAUCUUGAAAUCAAGAUGCAUCAAGCAAUUCGAAGCCGAAGAUAUGACAAGAUUACAGUUGUUGGCGAAUAUACUCGAACCAGCCCAUCAGAGAUCUUCCAUGGUGAGAAGACAGACAAAUCAUUCAAUUGGCAGUGUCCGACUGCUCUUAUUGUCGGCAAUGAGCUCCAAAUCCAGUGUUUCCCCGGCUACGACCACGUUGAGCAUUAUGCUGAGUUAAUUGCCACGUAUCUUGACCUUCAGCAACGAGAGGGUAACGAAGCGCUGACUAUACCUUCGAAUGUCAAUUUUAUUCCCUGUUCCUGUUCAGAUACUCAGAGAGCCCUCCACUCUACCAAUCUGAAAGAGCUUCCGUCUGAUGUCGACACGGUGGUUCUUGGUCUCUUCCAUCGCUUGAGUCGGCUCACAGGAGAUGUUGAAUGGCGGGGCGGAGAUGGUUGUUUCGGCUGGGUAGUGAGACGGUUCAAUAACCGAGUGGUCGCUUUUAUAGGGUGCCGACCAUCAUUCUGGGGCGACAUUGCUGGCGAAGUCGUGCACUACCUGGCCUCCUUUCUCUCUGUUCGCGAGGUUAUAUACUUUGGUAAAAUUGGCAGCGUGAAAAAGAGCAUCAGACCAAAUAAUUACUUGGCAACGGGAGGACGAUCGUACGUGCAAGGUCAGCUCGUGGAGUGGGAGAAUUCUCUCGAGUCUUCAACCCUUCUUCUGGCCUUGGAUUGCGUAAUUGUUGGAAAUCAUGUCACGCUGGGAAGUGUCCUGCAUGAAACCAAGGAUUGGUUAAGUACGUUGCCUGUCUAUGCGGAUUUCGUGGAUCCCGAAGUUGGAAUGAUGGCACAGGCAGCUAUUAGGAGCAGAAUUAAAUUUAGUUAUUUGCACAUUUUCUCGGAUAAUGUGGCUGAGAAGUACGUCGAAGAUCUCUCAAACGAAAGGGAACGAAGCGUCUUAGUGGGAAUAUCACAUCUCUACGAUGUUGUUCAGGAUAUUCUGCAUCAUUAUCUCUCUACCAAUUCACUGAAGGCUAAUGGGCACAGAAGCUGA